UCUAAGUUAGUCAGUGUUUUACCGUGUUCUACAAUAGAUGUAUUCUUGGUAUCAUCGUGCAAUAGCUGCAGUGCUCACUAAUUGAUUUUCAUAUUCUGUAAAAAACAAUGAUAUUCAUCCAAUCAAACAUCUAAAGAUUUGAAAAUAAAAAGUAAAUAAUAUAAUAAAAUUCAAAUAACUUUGAAUCGAGAAGUUUGUCUCGUUUAUUUCUUACGGGCAUCGAAUCGAAAUUCUUAUAACAAUAUAAAAAAAUGCGGAUACUGCUGUUGAUAUUUCCUUUGCUACUCUACUCAUCGAUUUGCCAUGGAUAUCGUUUCCUCGCAUUAUUCCCUUAUAACGGCCACAGUCAUUUCGUGAUGUUCGAGCAGCUACUAAAAGGUCUGGCCAGAAAAGGCCAUCAAAUCGACGUGGUUAGUCAUUUUCCAUUAAAAAAGCCUUAUUCGAAUUAUACCGAUAUCGUGACGUUAACAGCAACAGUAACGGUAAAGGACAGUCUGACAUACGAAUUUUUGAAAAAUACAUUGGUCGGGAUCAAUCCAGUAUCUAUUAUUGCGGAAACAUUUGGUAAUGAUCUUUGCGAAUUUUUGGCACAUCCGAAAAUACAAGAAUUAGUGCGCAAUCCACCGAAAGAUCCACCUUAUGACGCAGUAAUAAUGGAGAUUUUUGGUGCUCAAUGUUUCGCCGUCAUUCCCCAUUUAUUGAAUGUUCCUGCGAUCGCGGUCAGUACAACAGUGCUAUAUCCAUGGCUGCACAAAAUAAUCGCUCAACCUUACAACGUAGCCUUUGUGCCGAACAAUUGUAUAACUGGGAUUCCCAACUCUAUGAAUUUCUGGCACCGUUUAUAUAACAGCGUGAAUACCCUGUAUAGCAAUCUGCUCUUCAAUUAUCUCACAAGGAAGCAGGACGAAAUUUUAAGACAACACUUCGGACCGGACAUACCGAGUGUGCGAGAACUAGAAGCGAAGAUAGCAUUGAUUCUCAUUAACUCUCACAUCGCUGUAAAUACAAUCCAGCCGCAAACACCUGCUGCGGUAGAUGUUGGAGGAUUGCAUGUCAUUGACGAUGUCACCUUGACGUUAUCACCUACUUUAGAGAAGUGGAUGAACGAAAGUAAAGACGGCUUUAUUUACUUCACUUUUGGCUCAAUGGCGAUAAUUGAAACAUUUCCACCCGAGUUUCUGAAUAUACUUUACUCCUCCUUAAGUAAAAUAGCACCUAUACGGGUUUUGAUAAAAGUUUCAAAUCCAGAUAAAUUGCCACCCGGUUUGCCUAAAAAUAUUUACACGUCUCCUUGGAUGCCGCAGAUUAAAGUAUUAAAACAUCCUAAUAUAAAAGGCUUCAUCACUCAUGGUGGAUUAAUGAGUACGCAAGAAGCGAUAAUACUCGGCGUGCCCAUGAUCGGUAUACCGCUUUUUGCUGAUCAGUUUUUGAAUAUUGAUAUAUACGUUAAAAAAAACAUUGCCGUAAAACUAGACCUUUAUACAAUGACCGAAAAAGACGUGGAUGAAGCUCUAAAUGCGAUCCUUUGGAAUCCUAUAUAUAGUGAAUCUGUUCGAAAUCUGUCUCAAAGGUUUCUUGAUCGACCGUUAAACGCUCUUGAUACCGCUAUUUAUUGGAGCGAAUAUGUCAUUAAAUACGGCAGUGAUGCUUUGCGAUCACCUGCGAUGGAUUUGUACUGGUGGCAAUUAUAUCUCCUCGAUGUCAUUGUAUUUCUUCUACUUUGCGCAAUAAUUGUUGUUAUCGUAAUAAGAUUCUUCGUGCGUCUUCUAUUGCAAAUGAUAAACGACAAACGUAAGAGUUUACAUACAAAGAAAACAAAUUAAUUAUACUAAUUAAAAAUAGAUACAUUUUACUUUGUAUUAAUUGUAUUUUGCAAAGAUUUACUGAAGAAAAAGCAAGUAGAGUUUUAUCUUUUUAUCAAUUUAAUCUUGAUAAUUUAUUCUAAAAAAUUAUCACAAAUGUAAUAUAAUUUCUCGAGAUUACUUGAUAAGCAAUGUGUAGAGAUAUACGUCGAUACGAUUUAUAUAACUAGAACAUAACAUUUAAUACAAGUCCUGUUAUUCACGUGUAAGAAUCAGUUAAAUUUAUGAUUGGAGUAUUAUAUAAAUGUAUAGCGAAAAAUAAUUCAAAAAUAAAUAAUUGGACCGCAUUUCACACGAGCACUUAUAUUACUUUUUUCUUUUUAUAUAAUUAACUGUAUAGUCCAGUAUUGCUUUAUGCUUGCAAAAAAUAAAAAUAAUCAAUAAGUUACAUGUCACGAACAUCCGAUUAUGUUCGAAUAUAAAACUAUUUUAUAUUAAACUAUUAUAUAUUUGCAAAGAAAUCAGCAUAAAUUUAAGUAUUUGUAUGACCGUGACUCAUUUGAUGAUACAUUAUUCGUUUUUUAAUUGCAAUUAAAAGAUUAUACCAAAAUGGCUUACCUAUUGUUGCCGCAUGUUACUCAUUUUCACUUUUACUCUGUCCGUUGCCAAUUCUGUACACUAAAAAUUCUUAUAUAUGCAUUAAGCAAAAAAAAAUGACACAAAAUAAUACAUUUGAUACAUACGCAGACAUUAUACAAUAAUACUAAAAUUAAGUCUAUAAAAAAUGACAUAAAAUACGUGAAAUACAUUUCACGAAUACAAAUCUACAAAAAAAUGACACAAAAUAAAAUAUACUUUAUAAAUACACAGACGUUAUAA